AUGGAAAAUUAUCUUAAAUUGCAAGAUUUUGAUGAGGAUUUUGACGAAUUGGAGGGAAAAUUAACGGAGUAUAGGAAAUCGCCAUCGGUUUGGGCCUAUCAACGGCAUGGGUGUUUUUGGGAGCGCGAUGUUCCUGGAAGCAACGAAUCUUUUUUUGUAGAACAUUUUGGAAUGAAUAGGGAGGAGUUUGGCAUCCUUGUGGAACGCCUUUGUGGAUUAGCCCAAAAAGACACCGCAUUUGGAAAGGCCAUUCCUCUCGAUAAGCGGGUUGCAAUCACAAUAUAUACCUUAGGAUCUUCUGCGAAUUAUCGGACAGUGGGCACGUUCUUUGGUGUGUCGAAAGCAAUGGUCUGCAAAUUAUUGCUAGAAUUUUUCCAUGAGACCUGUAGAGUUCUGUCAUCCGACUACCUCCCGCAGAACUUCCUCACGCAAACAAAACUGGAGGAAUGUGUUAAAGGCUUUGAAGGCUUCCCACAAUGCGCGAUUGAUGGCUGUCACAUUAAUAUUCAUCUAUGUGCAACUGAUACAGCUGACUAUUUUAAUUACAAAGGCUGGUACUCAACUAUGUAUAUUGUUAGCAAUGGUUGA